ACGGUUUUAACAAAAUAUUUAUCCUUACUAAAUUACUGAAGAUUGUCAUUUUGACGUAAAUGUGUCAAAGACAAGAGAGAAUAAUACACACUGAGCGAUAGGGGUUGUAAAUUAAUGAUAACUUUCAACAAAUGUCAGUGUAUUAUAUUUGAGCGAGUUCAGUUCACUUGUCAAGAUGAAGACCGUGCUGAUCACCGGCGCUAAUAGAGGCCUCGGCCUUGGAAUGGUGAAAUAUCUUACUAAGCAGAACAAAGCGCAGAAUAUUAUAGCGACGUGCCGAACCGUGUCGGAGGAGCUCAAAACAUUGUCAGCUGAAAACAAAAAUCUGGCUAUUUUGAACUUAGAUGUGACGAAUACGGCAAGUUUUGGCGAAAUAUCUACGCAAAUAUCCAAAAUAGUUGGUGAUAAGGGUUUAAACUUGUUAAUCAACAAUGCAGGCGUUACCACCAAAUUCACAAAGUUGGCGCUCGUGAAGACUGAACAGCUGUUGGAAAAUCUCACUGUUAACACCAUAGCUCCAAUUAUGCUUACAAAGUCCCUGCUUCCACUCCUCAAGCAAGCGGCGGAAGUCAACAGUGACAAACCAAUGGGUAGCCAACGCGCCGUCAUCAUCAACAUGAGCUCCGUACUCGGAUCCAUCGCUCAGAACGAUCAAGGAGGAUUUUACCCUUACCGUUGCUCUAAGGCGGCAUUGAACGCAGCUACCAAGUCCAUGAGCGUAGAUUUGAAAAAAGAUAAUAUUCUAGUCGCCUCCCUGCACCCAGGGUGGGUGAAGACGGACAUGGGCGGUAAAAACGCACCGCUAGAUGUCGACACCAGUGUCUCCGGAAUAUUCAAUACCAUUAAUAAACUCGGCGAAGGGGACACGGGUAAAUUCCUGAAUUACGAUGGCACACAAUUGCCAUGGUGAUUUACUUAUUGCUUAAUAGUAGAUAGAACGAUACAUUUAAAAAUGGUUUAGCACGCAAGUACAAAUUAAAUUAUUUUUUCAUACUGAA